AUGAGGUACUUUUUGCUAAUAAUUUCCAAACAGAAAAAAGCCGCCCAUAACAAACUGAUUCACACACCAUCGCCACCAGACAUGCAUCACCCGCUUCUACCUGAUUCACACACCAUUCACUGGAAACCCUUCUUUUCGGUUCAAAAUCCUAAAGAUUUGGGUUUGGAUUUUCAAUUGGUUUCCUUCAAGAAAGGUUUGUUGUUAAUUUUAUUACUAAAUUGUGACAAUUUUGCAUUUUCCUCUGACUUCCAGAUGCUUAUCCUUACAAAUCUCCAUCCAUCGAGUUACGAGUUUCUCACAUGCCAAGAUGCUAAAAGAGGAGUACUCAUUUUAAGUGAAGUAGUUAUUUCUAUUUCUGUGAGUGGUGGAAGAGAUCUUUCUUUGUACUUGACAGAUCUUUCUACAAGAGAUAGCUUAUUGGUUUGCACAAAGGAACAUCCUAUUCAAUGGCCUUCUGAACACUUGAACCCUGAAAAAUUGUUUCAAAGAGGUGGUUCCUUUCUUGCUGGAAAUUUGUCUUUUUCAAAGGCAAGAGCUUCUUUAGAAGGAUCUACCCCUGUUCCUGUGUAUAAAUCUCCCACCUUAACUAUUGAUGGAAUUCCAGGUAUAGUUCAACAUGAAAUAUUGAACAAUAGAAGACAUGUCCUCACCAAGGAUAAUGGUGGUUUUGUGAAGCUUUGGGAAAUCACUAAAGGUGUUGUGAUUGAAGACUAUGGACAAGUUUCAUUUGAAGAGAAAAAGGAACAACUAUUUGAGAUGGUCAGCAUUCCUGCAUGGUUUACUGUAGAUACUAGGCUUGGAAGCUUGUCUAUUCAUUUAGAUAUCCCUCAGUGUUUUUCUGCAGAAAUGUAUGCUGCUGACCUCAGCAUCACUCAAAAAUCUGAAGAUGACAAGAUUAAUUUAGGUCGAGAAACCCUGAAAGGACUACUGGCUCAUUAUUUUUCCAAGAAAAAAGUUAGAUUCAUAUCCCAACCUUCAGUCAAUGGAGAAGCUCCAAUCAAAGAUAUAUCUUCCAAAAACAUUCCACUUUCAAGACCUGAAGCAGAUGUUCAAAGUGAUUCCAGAGUUUACCCUCCAUUUCAAUUCUCAAUUGCUUCUCCUCCUUCAAUUAUUAAUGAGAGUUCUCAAAAUGGAAUAUGGAGGAAGAAAAUUACUCAUCUUGUUGGAAUUGAAGAUGAUGAUUUCCCUCGUAGGGUUUUAGAUGCUAUUUUGCAUAAUCGGAUGCCACCAAGAGAACAUACCAAAUGCAGUUUUUAUCUACAUCCAUUUGAAGGUUCAGCUGCUCAGAUCUUGACACAAGGGAAGCUGAGUGCACCUCGGAUUUUAAGAAUGCAUAAGGUUGUUAAUUAUGUUGUGGAGAAGAUGGUUCUACAGAAGUCAUCAGAUACUUUGAUUAGUGAUGGAGCUUUUGCUCCUGGAUUGAAGCCGUGGAAGCUUAAGCCUUAUAUAGAGAUCUUGUGCAAUAAUCAGGCAUGUUCAUGA